GGUGCAGCCCGGCGUUGUGGGGCAAAAAGAACACCCGAAGGGCUCCCCAGACGUUGACAGUCGACGAUUUAAGACCCUGCUAGAAUUUGUUUGUGAAGCAUUUCCAGACCCUCCAACCAACUCAACAUCAGCUACUUCUCUGUGACUGGGUCCUGAUUAAGGUCCUCCCACGAAAGACUUCAUUGGAUCCACGCUCAAGAGGACUCUACCAGGUUUUCCUGACCCCCUCCAUCGCUGUAAAGUGCCAAGGCCUUAAGACUUGGGUACGUGUGUUACAACAGCAAGCGCCAGCAUCCACAAAAGACCCAUUGGACCUGUCAGCUCCUCUGUUUCACCAAGCAGAUGUAAUAAUUUACCAGCAAAGCAGAGUAAGCCAAGUGCCUCUGCAUGAUACCACCAGCUGAUAACACACAAGAAAAACAACUAAUUUAGACUAGAGCCCUAUCUUUUCUUGAGAAGCUUGGAUUUCAAGGAACUAUUCUGAGAUCUGUGCUGCUAAUAAGUGACUGACAACAUUAUAGACUGAUUGGUCCCUGGGUUCAGAGACUUGAGUUGCAAUUGAGUGAAAAAUAGACAACGAAAUCUUGAAGAAUUGCACGGAGGUGCAAGCCAAAUUUAACUCUGGUCACCAAGUAUUGUUGGUUGGACUGAGAAAUUGCUAAACCAGACCUGUAAUAGGACUGGUUAUUUGGGUAUCUCUGUCACUGUUGCCUCUUACUGUUACAUUGCUUUCUGUGUUGUUUCUCUAGGCCCAGAUGUUCUCAGAUAAUUCACAUUGCCCUGACUGUGGACAACAGUGGUUCCCUAGUUUAGAACUAGGCCAUUGGUUGUACCAGACUGAACUUGUUGAAAAUGAAUGUUACCAAGUAUUCUUAGACCGUAUUAACAGAGCUGAUUAUUGCCCUGAGUGUUACCCUGAUAACCCUGCUAAUAGAAGUCUUGUUCUUCCUUGGUCUUUCCCACUUGAGUGGGCUCCUCAAAAUCUUACCAGAUGGACCUUUGAAAAAGCUUGCCACCCAUUUCUUCUGGGUCCUCCUCUGGUUAGAAAAAGGAUUCAUGACUCUAGAGUAGCUGGUUUUAACCCUGCAUUGCAGUUAAUCUUGACGAGAACAGAUAAAACCUUGAACAAAAAACUUGGCCAAAACAAAUAACUUCUUAAACAUUCGAAAUCAUGGAGACUCUAGAGUUUUGUAUGAGUAGCCCAAGGAAGAUGGAAAAAAGACUCUUUCUAAAUAUGAUAUAGACCAUCACUACCUUGGGGAUCUGAUUAAAUUGUUGGAUUUGCUCCCAUGGUCUACACAUAACUUUGUUCAGCAUGAAUUUAGUCAGUAUUCUCGCCAGACUGUUCAUCUAGAACCAGUUUAAUCCAUGUUCCUUAUGUUUUGGAAUUAGCUUACCCCUCCUAGAAAGUUCCACAGCCUUAUGUGGACAUAUGACAGGGUAGUUCUGGAGGAGAAGCCCUAUACUGUGUGUACCUUAAUGAUACUUCUAGUGAUAACUUUUGUGGGAAAGCAUCCUUAUAGCUGGAUUGUAGAUUAUUCCAGUAAAACUAGAUAUUUUAAUAAGAAGCUACAUUGUUCUAAAUUCCAUCUGUUACGCAUUAACCAGUGGUAACACAUAGAUUAUACAAAAACAUGCAGAAGUACUAUUAUCUAUACUCACUUGGCUCUACAUAAGCAAAGACUAUCCUGUCUUUGUGGUGACAGAAUGUCUUCCUCUAGAAAUGGCAAAGUACUUCUACGAUGAUAGGAGAUAGAUGAUGAAAGGAGUUAAUCAAGCUUGACUUCAUAGAUACUAUGAACAGUCUAGGGAAAGCAUCUCUCUCAGAACUAAGAAUGUUUUGCUGUACAUUGAUCACAUUCUGGCCUUCACUUGUUUAUGAGAAUCAUGGAACCACAGUAUAGGAGAAACUUAGAAAAAAUCUGUUGAAAACAUCUCAGAGGCCACUGAACAAUUUUAAAAUUCCUCUUAAGAUAAUAGAUAACUCAGUGCUUGUGUAGGAGCUCAACAAUGUUCGUAAGGUCCCAGGCUCUUUCUGUUCUUCCCCGCUGAGAUCCUUAUCAUGGUGGCUUUUUGUCCUUAUAGUUGUUACCCAAUGAGUACAGUGUGGCCAUUGCUGUUCCAGACAUUUCAUUCCUGAUCAAAGGCUGGAAGUAGGAAGCAGAAUGAUUUUUCCUUUCAAGUCUCUGUCUUUUAUUUGGGAAAAAAGCUUUCUCCAAAGUCCCUUGCACAUUUUCUUCUAUCUCAUUAGAAGAUACUGGUUCACAAGGGAGCCUGAGAAGCCUGGCAGAGGGGAAUGGGGUGAGCAAUGUCUGGGUAGGACAUCUUGUGUCCCCUAAUAAAAUCAGGGCUUUUUUAGGAAGGGAGAAGUGAGGAAUGGAUGGCUGUUGGAAUGCAACAAAUGCCUGCCACAUGUUGUGCAACCCGAAGUUAUUUGUUAGUCUGUAUAAAGGAUGUACCCUGGAGACCUACCCUGUAUCUGCCUUAUGUCUAUCCAAAUGGAAGUUCUCUCCUGUUACAUUGCUGAAUAAACUGUGUGGACUGCUAAAUUGA